AUGUUACUAGACGCCGUAAAAAGGGGUAGAAUUUACCAAGUCAAGUUCCUACUCGAAACGGGAACCGAGGAUGUGAACAAGACAGACGAUAACAAACAGACAGCUCUCAUGAAAGCGAUUUUUCUUCCAGACAAGAUGCAACGCACGCGCUACAAAAUCAUCAAGGUUCUCCUCGAACACGGAGCGCGUGUGAACGUUGUUGAUCGAGAAGGGAAAACAGCAUUGAUGUGGGCUUGUAUUCGCGGACAAGAGGAAAUCGUGCGUAAAAUUUUGGACGUUUCAAUUUUGGAUCUUGAUUUAAACAGGGCAGACAAGUAUGGCAAUACAGCACUAUUCUACGCCGCAGCCAGUGGCCAAGUGAACACUGUGAAACGGCUUAUUACGGCGUUAAAAAGAUUUGGAUUGGAUAUUGAUAAAAAGAACACACAAGGUAUGACUCCGAUUCUUGAAGCAACAAAGCGAGGGCACGAUUCCUGCGCACAAGUCCUCAUUACGGAAGGAAAAGCCUCAUUGACAAUUCGAGACCCGCAGACUUUUCUUAACACACAGGAAUGGGCUGAAAAGCGAUCAUUAACCAACUUAUCGGAAUUGAUCGCGGCACGAAGAAGCCCUUCUCCGCAAAUCAUUGUUCAAAACGUUGAAAAUGAACCACAUGAUGAAGAUCAAAGCGUGCGACCUGGGGCAGAAGCGACAAAUAAGAAUGUUCAAGGUAAUCUUGCACAAGAAAGUGCUAAUGAGUCGGUGUCUUCUCCGAGACAAAGACGAGGCUCAUUGGUCGGCGAGAAAAGCAGCAAAGGGACGAGUGAAGCAAAGAACACGUCAAUACAAAAUCAAGACUCGGUGAUCCCAAAAGAAUGCAAGAAAGAAACGAAAAAAGAAGGAUCACAUUCUCCAAGAAGUCUCUCUCCAAAGACAGUUACGAAUGUGUCUUUAAGCAGGAGAAAAGGCGAGCAGAUGGACAAAAAUAAGAGAGGCCCGUCGCCCACGGCCAAAUCUGAGAUGUGUCGUCUUUUGGGCCUGUAUGGUAUUCAACAUUCUGAGUCAUACAGAGAGAGUUUUGACCCAAUAAUACUGCCACCAAGUGGGUAUUGGCCCGAUCCGUUAGCACAUCUCAGGGACAAUGCAUCAUCAGUCGGAGACGACGACACUGACACGAACUUUUUAGACCUGAUCCGACCUCGUGGAUCGGGCCGUCGAAAAUCUUCGGCUUUUCCGGGGGCGCCCGAUAUGGGACGACGCGGUAGUUACAUGAAUUUCCGCGACAGUCGAAGGAUGUCGACGAUGUUCUCGGGGAUGCCCGCAGGGAUGGGAAAACGUACUUCCAUCACUCCGUUAUCGAUGUUGGGAAGUAAAAACCUUCUUGAAGCCCCGGGAUUUUCAUCCCGAAGGUCCACUUUAACUGCUAAUUCGGAGCGGAAGGGCUCCUCUUCAGGGGCAUACGAUAGAAGAGGAUCACUAAUGCCACGGGCCUCCGAGCAAGCAAGGCCUGCGCUCCCCCGGAGGACAACCACACAUAUUGUUCCCACGAUAGUGGAGACGGCUUGA